AUUCAGUACCAGACCAAGACAGACGCUCACAGUACGACAGAUUCGGACUAAGCCAUGUCUCUAGCUGCAGCUUACGUGUCGAUGAUGAUGGCCAUAUGUUUGUUGCUCUCCAUCUCCUCGAGCACAGCCAACGUCGGUAGCACGGCUUGCCCACAACCUGAGAAAGGAGAAAUGGGUCCUCCCGGCCACUCUGGGAAACCUGGAGUGAGGGGAUACAAAGGUGAACCAGGCAGUGAAGGUAGAGCUGGACCUAAAGGUUCCAAAGGAGAAAAUGGCCCACCAGGAAUUGUUGGCUCACGAGGAAAACAAGGACCUUCCGGUGUCACUGGUCCGCCUGGAAAGCAAGGGAUUACUGGAGCACAAGGCACACCGGGAAAGACAGGCAUACAGGGAGAGAAUGGCAUAAGAGGUCCACCUGGAAUUAAAGGUGAAAAAGGAAUGAAGGGCGACGUUGGCAGUACCGGGCCCAGAGGCAUCGAAGGAGCUGAUGGCACUCCGGGUCCGCCCGGCCAUGCAGGCGCUACAGGUUUACCAGGACAAAGAGGUCACAAAGGAGAGAGAGGAUUGCCCGGAUACAAAGGAGAGCAAGGGCCACAAGGCGUGCCCGGUCCAGAGAUGAGUGAAAGCACUCUGCAAACAUACUUUGCACCAGUUGCAUCACUGCAGAAAGAGAUGGCGAAGCUGAAUGCAACCUUACAAACGUUGCUGCAAAACAAUUCAGAAAGAAGUGAGCCUGUAGCUGCUCAUCUUUACGGAAGCAGCUCUUCAGCAACAAUUUCAAGUGGUACACUCAUAACUUACUGGUCAACGAGUACAUCACAUCCUGGCUUUCUCAGUGGAGGAAUGAAAUACGAUGGUGGAUUCAUCACGGUACCUCAUGCUGGCAUUUACUAUGUUUACUCACAGAUUUGGUUCGACCCUCAGUCAGGACAGAGAUACUGUCGGUUUAACGUAAAGUUGAACGACAAGUAUCUUGCUCAGAGUAGAAUCUAUCAAGCAAGUCCCAGUGGUAAUGAUGAAAGUCAGUACACAGGGUUUCUAGUUGUUAUGGAGAAGAAUGACAGAUUGUCAGUGGUUGCCGCAACUACCUGCUACCUCGACUUCUAUCAAUACUCACAGACAGCAUUUUUUGGAGCUUUCCAAGUCGUUUGAAGGCAGUAAACCGCUUGAGCACAACAACAAACGGCAACAAUUAAUUAACUUGAGCUUGUAUUAUUAUCUUGUACUACUCCAGCUUGCAAAGUCUUCUAGCUGCAAUUCUGUAACGUUUUCUUACAUCUUGCCAUCUAAUCAAAGUAUAUAGCGACAACUAGUUUGCUGACGGUUUAACUAACAAAUCAUGCUUUAUUGGGUCGCUUUGAUACUCCUCUUCGCUCUACAUGUUGAUGCAGAAAGUGGACUUUACACGUUAAUCUAGAGCAUUUAUACGUGUACAUAAAUGCAGUUAUGUAAUCAACCCAUUCUUGUUCGACGUUACCCAAAAGCCGUUAUGGCUGAAGGUAGAGUGACACUUAGACCGGAAUGUUGUAUUUUAGC